AUGGAAGCUCAUGCAAAUAAUAAAUAUUUUGUGGAAAAGCAAGGCGAACUUAACUUUAACAUCAAUUCAGGUGUUUUUACCUGCUCUGAAUGCAAAAAAGAGUUCGAAAAGCCUUGGUUACUGAAAAGGCAUUCGAAGGUUCACCAUAUAAGUAAUCAAAUGGCAACCAAUACUGUACUCAACAAACCUGAGCAGGCCGAAUUGAUAGUUGAGAACACUAUUCCAGAUGCUAAUGCAUUUGAUUACUCGAGUGACGAAGAUGACUCCUCCAGUAUCGGGGAUGAAGAAGACAACAUUGUAGACGAGAAAAACGAUAUUGUCAAUAAUUUUUUUGAUAUUGAAAUGAAUAGUAAUCCAGUUUUCAACGCGUUUUCUGACAUGUUUUCUUCUGCUGCUGCUGCUGAUGAGGUAUCAAUGACCAAUGAUGACUCUGAGAACCCAGAAGAAGUCUUUGAGACAAUUGGUGCUGUAAAUGACCCUACAAGCUGUUAUCCUUUUCGCAAUCUUCAAACCAUGAUUCUUUUUGCUUUUAUCGAUGGGGAUAAUGACAUGAUCUCCCAGCAAAUGUUGAAGAAGAUACUGCUUGCGAUGAAUUUGAUCAUUAAGAUCCAGCAAGAAACUCCCUUAGGAAGAACAUUUAAGUUACCUCGUUUGGAUGCUCUUUUAAAUUAUCAGGCAAGAAAGAAGUCCAAGAUGCCUGUCUUUCCUUCACAAAGAAUAUCAGUACCUGGAUCAAACGGGAACGCAUUCGUCCACAUUAACCUUCCGUCUGACCACUUGAGAUUUCUUAUGGCAAACCCAAAGAAAUCCAAGUUGAUCUCGUCCAUGCCCAAUCAUACCCCAAACCAAUCGAUCUGUUUGGAACAAGGUGAAAAGUGGAGAACCCACCAUCUCUUUCAGCAGCCUAUGCACACUGUAAAUGGUAUAGAUGUCUGGUUUGGAAACAUCAUUUACUUGAAGACAAACGAUUGA